UAUGGCUUUGAAACGUGAAGCUCGUUCAUUUUUAAUGCCCAGAGAUCCAAGUAUUGAUCGGAGGUUUCGUCCCUGUCCACAAAAACGUGAAAGACUCUUCAACGAGAUAGAAGAGGAGAAUGAUUUCGAUGAGGAUAGCGAAAGUGACAGCGUAGAAGAUGAAUAUUAUGAAACUCGAAGCACUGGUGAGGGUUUAGCAGAAAGUACUGAUUCCAGUGCAGCUGUGGAAACUGGAGCUUUGGUAUAUUUAAGGUUGAAGCCAGUAGAAAUGCCCUCUACAGCAUACACAAUAUCGGUGGAAGGCAACGUACUAAUAACCGGUCCGCCCACAGAAUCUUCCAGCACCAGUAAAAACAAGAAUUCAAUGGAAAAGCAUUAUAGUUUUUCGGAAAUUUUCGCUUCGGAGGUAAGUCAACGGGAAGUUUAUGAAAAAUGUAUAGGGGAAAAAAUACUAGCUGAGGAAUGUUUCACUGUAUUAACCUAUGGCACUUCGGGUUCUGGCAAAACAUUUACACUGCUAGGUGACGAUAUCAGACCGGGUAUUAUACCCAGAUCCCUUGAAAAUAUAUUUACGCUAUACCAAGCCAAUAUACAUCCAAAUCCUUUGGCUAAGCUAGUUAAUUCUCGAACAACAUUUCUCGACGACAAUCUUGUAGAAAAGGAAAACCUGUUGCGCCGUCAAAUAUUGGACAAUUGUAAAAACCUGGAAACAAAUUAUCUACAACUGCAGCAUUCCAUUCGAAGUGAUCAUCAUUUCGAGACAGUACCGUUAGAUGAUGUUUCUGUAUUUAUAUGGGUAACAUUUGUAGAGAUCUACAAUGAAUUGGUGUAUGAUUUGUUGGCCCCCAUUAAGUCAAAUGGAUCUUUUAUACCGCCUGCUAAUACGACACGUAAGAAUUUGAAAAUUGUUUGCAAUGAUGGAAAUGUUUUCAUUAAGGGUGUCACCUCGGUCUACAUUAAAAGCAGUUUAGAGGCCUUAAAACUUUUACGUUCAGGUCUCCAAAAACUCACCUAUGCCUCUACAUCCAUCAAUGCCAACUCCAGUCGUUCACAUUGUGUAUUCUUUGUGGAUGUUUUAAAAUACUAUCGCACUGGUGUGUAUACAGAAACCUCUUACAAAUUUUGUGAUUUAGCCGGUUCAGAGCGUUUGGAUAAAACUGGUAAUAUGGGCUCUCGCCUCAAGGAGGCGCAACGCAUUAAUACCUCCCUAAUGAUAUUAGGACGCUGUUUAGAUGCUGCCAAUAUGGCAUCUUCUGGUAGUACAACUACUUCGUCAUUAAGCAAAAAAGAACGCAUACCAUUUAGAGAAUCUAAAUUGACUAUGAUACUGCAGGCGGCCCUUCAGGGUAAGGAAAAAUUGGCCAUGAUUGUUAAUGUUACGCCCACUGAAAAAUACUAUGAAGAAAAUUUGAACGUUCUCAAUUUUGCCUCUAUAGCUAGUAAUAUAAUAUUCAAAGCUCCAGCUAUAAAACAAAAUCAAUCACGUUACUCAGUAUUUAGUACCGCACCGGACAAUGACUAUAUACAACAACUUUUGGAGGAGAAUGCCAACUUAAAAGCCGAUGUUGAAAAACUUAAUCUGCAUAUAGUGCAACAAAAUCAUCAUAUUGAGCAGCAGGAUCAGCAACUCGAAGAAAUUAUCGAUGAAACCUAUCACUUGAAGGGGGAACUCGAACGUUUAACUCAUGAACAUUCAGAAGAAUUGUUGAAACAAGAGCAAGAGCUGCGCAAUCAAUUGGUUGAUUCGUUUAAAACCACUUUAGAUGAGCAUAAAAAACAAUUUGAAUUGCGUAUGCAACGUGAAAUCGAAAAUCAAAAACGUAUUUAUGAAUCGAGAAUAGAGUUUUUAAAACGACGACACCAAGAAGAAUUGGAAGAUCUAAGAGAGGAGCUGGAAGAUGUUGAGGAAAAAAACAAUUCGGUGGUAAAUAUAGAUGAAGAAGAUGAUGUUGAGGAAAAAAACCACUCGUUGGAAAAUAUAGACGAAGAAGAAUUAAAAGAUUUAGGGGAAGUGGUAAAAGUUGAGGAACAAAGCAACUUGAAGGAAUAUAUCGUUGAAGAUACUGAUAUUGAUGAAGAAAUUUUUACCAAGAAAUUGGAAAAUAAUGUAUCGAAGAUGGAGCCCGUUGUGAAGAGUGAAAUAGAAGAGGCGGAAGAUAAAGAAAAUAUUCAACAAAACUGAAUUUAAAACAAAGCGUUUUUAAUUUGUUUAAUAUUAAAUGAUUUCAUGAUUAUUUUUAUUUAAAUUUAGAUAUUCGUACUAAUUUAAUAAAUGUUUUUUUUUGUGUUUAUGUAAAAUUUUAA